CAAUAGUAUUAGUUGUCGUAGAAGAAGCAAAGGCGUGUGUGUAAUUAAGGCCUUAAAAAGCUCUUCGCCCCCAAGACAGACCUUGUCGAGCAAUUGGGAUUUUCAGACAGCAACUACGUCAUCUCCACGGCUGCCCAGAUUCGAAGAGCUGGAUACUACCAAUAUGCUUCUCCGUCAGAGAAUCAUCUUUCUGGGUUCUCAGGUAGAUGACAUGACAGCAGAUUUGAUUAUAAGCCAACUUCUGUUUCUAGAUGCUGAGGACCCAAAGAAGGACAUUAAAUUGUUUAUCAAUUCACCUGGUGGUUCUGUUACCGCUGGAAUGGGAAUAUAUGAUGCAAUGAAAUUGUGCAAGGCAGAUGUUUCAACAGUUUGUCUGGGGCUUGCUGCUUCUAUGGGGGCAUUUCUCCUUGCUGCUGGGACAAAAGGAAAAAGAUACUGCAUGCCCAAUGCAAGAGUGAUGAUCCAUCAACCUCUUGGAACUGCAGGGGGCAAAGCAACAGAAAUGGGUAUACGAAUUAGAGAAAUGGUGUACCACAAGAUUAAAUUGAACAAAAUAUUUUCAAGAAUCACAGGGAAGCCUUUGGAGCAGAUUGAAGAGGACACGGACCGUGAUAAUUUCAUGAAUCCUUGGGAAGCCAAGGACUAUGGGUUGAUUGAUGUAGUUAUUGAUGAUGGAAAGCCAGGCUUAGUUGCUCCGAUUGGAGAUUCCAUAACUCCGCCCAGAACACGAGUUUGGGAUCAGUGGAAAGUUGAAGGGACAAAGAAAGCCAGAAAGAAUUUGCCCUCAGAGCAAAGGAUUUCGGAUAAUGGAUAUAAAGAGACUGAAGGAAGUGACAAUGAGAAAGGAGCCGAGAGGGAAAAGGAAGAACCUGCUGCUAUAUGAUACAUGAUAGUGGACAUGUCCUUUGCGUUUUACCUCUGGUUUAUUUUGAUUACGUUGUAAUGUUCACCUCUCAUAGUAAUCUUGUUAUGUAAAUUGUUUGUCCAGAUAGUGAAAGUAGAUUAUUAAACGUUUGUUAGGAGAUUGACACAUUUCUCAUUGCACCUGUUGGAAAGGGCACAUUUAGAUGUUCCACA